AGCAAACAGCAGACGUUGGCUCAUGGAGUUUGGCUGUGAUAACAAGCUCUAUUUAAGCAGGAGCUUAAUGAAACCACAGUUCACCUUUCUGGCUUCACCAGGCGAGAACAAGAAGUUCAUCAGACUACAGUCAUCCCAACCUAAUUUCUUCCGAGAUGUCCAACCCAACAACAGUAAAUGUAAUUGGUAGUUAAUCAGGUUCUCCCUUUUCAUUUACUGGUGAAAGCAAUGGUGCCAGUUUGGAGAAGAUCUGUGUAUGGAUGGGGGAAUGGCAGAUCAAGGCUGUCAGAGCUUGGCUUUCAGAUGGUAGAGAAGAAACCUUCGGAAAACCAUCUGGACAACAACAACAAGAGUUUGUGUUUUCACCUGGUGAGUGGUUCACCUCAUUGUCCCUUUGGGGGAAUGAUGAAGGAACACGUCUUGGAGCCAUCAAAUUCAAGACCAUGGACAGUCAAGGAAAUGCAAGAGAAUUUUUUGCGAAGAUGACGGGCAGAGCUUUACCAGCAGAAUGUCAAAUAGAUGUCGGCUCUGGUUAUUGUCUUGGUAUUGAGGGAAGAUCAGGUUUAGACAUCGACUGCUUGGGGUUCAAAUUUCUCAAUGCAGUUCAAUCAGCAGUUCUCACCAAUGUCAACUAUCCAACCAUCAACCAGCUGAUCCCAAAGGUGGCAGUGGAAGAGAUCAAGUCCAUGACUUUCAGAAACAUCAGUACUGCCGUUCAACAAGAAAAAAUUGAAAUGUCAAAGAAAGUGACCGUGACAUCCUCAUGGUCUCUGCUUCUGAACCUGACAGCAGCAUUCGGCGUGGAUGUGCAGGCUGGGAUUCCAGAGAUUGGAGAAGUUCAAAACAAUUUCAGUGUCAGCAUUACACCAGAAAGCUCUUUUAACCGAGAACACACAAAAGAGAAAAAUCAAACGCUGUCUAGCACUAUUGAUGUGCCAUCAAAUAAGAAGGUGGAUGUUAGCAUCACCAUUGGCAGAGCCAGUUUUGAUCUGCCGUACACCGGCAUGGUGAAGAUCACAUGCACGAAUGGCAGUGAGUUACAGUACGAAACCAAGGGCCAGUACAAAGGUGUCGCCUACACUGAUGUUAAAGUGAAAACAAAUGAAAGUGAUGUUGUCUAGACAGAUUGUCCUUGUUAAGAUACUUAUUUCUUGAUUUUACAUAUGAAUUUGCACACUGAUUCUAAAUGUAACUGAAACAUUCUUUGUUGUUUUUGGGUGAUCUGGGGAGUAUAAAAUAUUAUCCUUUCUGUUUCUGGUACAUGUGAAAAAAACAACAAUAAAAACAUACAAUAUUGA